ACAAUGACUAAUAAUAAUAAUCUUAUUGUUCUUGUUAUAUAGAGAAUGAAGUACAUAAGAUACUAAAGAAAAUUUUGUUUCAAUUUGUGAUGGAUGACUUGUACCAUUUUGAUGAGUUCAAUUUCCAUGCACUUGAAGAUAAAUUUAGUUCAUCAAAUGAUAUUUUUUGGGAAACCAAAGGACAUAAUGAAAUGAAAAAUGUUCAAUUUUCUUUACCACAAGAUCUAGGAGAUUAUAAUGGAACUGAUGAAUCUCUUAACUCUAAUUUUGGUUUCAUUCCAAAUGAUCCAUCACAAGAACAAGAGUUCCUUCUUUCAACAACUAGUCAACAAAAGUAUCAUCAAGAUUAUGAAGCUUUUGAUAAUCUACACUUUGACAUGGUUCAUUUUGAUGAACAAUUUCCAACCAAAGCUGUUCCAAUUUGUGAAACAAAAAAUGAAAAACAAUACCAUCAAACUCCAGUGGAAAUUUUGAAGAAUUAUGGAAAAGGAUUCAAAAGAUUAUUACAUGAUGAAGGAAAAAUCCUUCAUCCUAUUGAUGAUUUUGAUUUAGUCACAAAAAAUGAACAUGUUAGAAAAAAAUUGUCAACCGAAGAUAUCAUGAAAAUAGCUGGAACAAGAUUCAUACAAUCAUCAUCUUCAGAAUCUUCUUCAUCAGGUAAAUUGAUUCUUAAUCACCCUUUUGGUUUUUCUUUCUCUGGUUUAUCUGAUGAAGAAAAAGAAGAUGUUGCACUAGCUGAAUCACUCUUAGCUUGUGCUGAAAAAGUUGGAUAUCAACAAUAUGAACGUGCUAGAUCUUUUUUAUCACAAAUCGAGUCUUUAUCGUCGAAAACAGGUAAUCCUGUUAAACGUGUCGUUUAUUAUUUCGCCGAAGCUCUUCGACGAAGAAUAAACAAAGAAACAGGAAGAGUUUCUGUUUCGUCGAACAAUAGUACGAAAAAAAUUGAGUCUUUAUUUGAUCCUGAAGAAACAACUAAGGAUUUAAAUCCGACCCUUAUCGCCUUUUUCGAAGAUCUUCCAUUCUGUAAAGUUUCUAUGUUCACUUGUGUACAAGCUUUGAUAGAAAAUGUAACUGAUGCAAAGAAGAUUCAUGUGAUUGAUCUCGAAAUUCGAAAAGGGUUGCCAUGGACAAUACUAAUGCAAGAGCUUCAAUCAAGAAAUGAAUUAUGUCCACUUGAGAUUCUAAAGAUAACAGCUAUUGUGAGUGGAAACACAAACAAUUCAAAGAUUAUAGUUGAUGAUACAGGUAAAAGAUUGAGUGAAUUUGCGCAAAGUUUGAACAUAAAUUUUUCUUUUAAUAUAGUUAUGGUAUCUGAUUUAUUACAUCUAAGUGAAGAUCUUUUCGAGAUUGAUUCGGACGAAACAGUUGCGGUUUAUUCGCAUUUUGCACUUAGAAGCAAGAUUCAAAAUUCAGACCAACUUGAAACUAUAAUGAGAGUUGUUAGAACUAUAAAUCCUGUAGUUAUGGUUGUAGCUGAGAUUGAAGCAAAUCAUAAUUCUAAGUCUUUUGUGAACCGUUUCAUUGAAGCACUUUUUUACUUUAGUGCAUUUUUUGAUUGUUUUGAGGAUUGUAUGAAAAAGGAUGAGAAAAAUAGAAUGAUUAUGGAAUCAAUGUAUUUUAGUCAUGGUAUUAGAAACACUGUGGCUGAAGAAGGAGCUGAAAGAAAGAGUAGAAAUGUUAAGAUUGAUGUGUGGAGAAACUUUUUUACUAGAUUUGGAAUGGUGGAAAAAGAAUUGAGUAUGAUGUGUUUGUAUCAAGCUGAAUUGGUGGCUAAGAGAUAUGCUUGUGGAAAUUCUUGCACUUUUGAUAUGAAUGGACAUUGUCUUCUUGUUGGGUGGAAGGGGACACCAAUUGCUUCUGCUUCUGUUUGGAAAUUUGUUUGAUCUUUGGUAAAUGGAAAGUAAGAGAUUUUGUUUUUUUGUUUCUUAUUGUCAAAAAGAUGUGUGUGGUUUUAGUUGUUAUUAUUAUUACUAGUUUCAAGUUAAGAGAAACGUUUUGUUUAAAGGAUGUUGCAUGUGUUUAGCAUAGAGUGUUAUAAAAGUAAUUGAGGUGUUUUUCUA